UGUUUGAAGGUCUUGCAGACGCGGGCUUUUGUGGCAUAUUCCGCGAAUGUAGCUACAAAGUCGAUACUUUGGUCCUCAGGUUUGGAAAGGAGGUAAUUUAUGGCCUUUUCGAUGUAUUUUGUUGGAUUCAAACCACAUUUUCCGAGACCUGUUCUUGCUGCAAAAAACUCUACUAUUUUGUCUUUGUUGCUUUUUGAAAGAGUUUCAAACGGAGAAUCAAAUUUGUGAAUGAACCCAUGAUCUUUUCCUUUAUACGGUCCUUUAUCAUUGAAUUGAUCCAUUUCCUUAACCUUUCGGAACUUGCUCAUCUGGAAAUCUAUCUUGUCUUGAUAAAAUCAUGGGAUUCCUAAGAAAGAAGCUAUUAGAGAAGUAAUGGUAAUAAAUAGUGCAGCUUGGGUAAAUGCAAGAGAUCCAAACUUGAUAUCGGUGAUACUAAUGUAUUCAGGAGUUCAUAUAAGGUUUGCAUAAAAGUACUUAUAAACUGAGUCUUUGUCCUUUUUUGGAUAUGAUAAUAUUCAGCAGCCUUCCUUUACAUUGGGUAUCUCAACAUCCAGCUUCUUCAUAAAGUACUUCAAAUUGUUAUAUUUUCAGGUUACAAAAGGGAUUGAAGUUGCUAAACCCAAUGUAUCAUAAAUAGAACCAUGAAUGAUGCAUAUGCAUAGGGAAUAUAGAUCGAUCUUAAAUCUUUUUAAGGUGUGCAGAUGUUUCUUUCAUACCCAAAUCCUUGUAGGUGGUGUAAUAGAGGAAACUUCUUUGGAUUCUUCUUGCUUCUUAUCAAGCUCAUCUUUGGUAUUUUCAUCCUCGAACUUGGCCUUUUGAGACUCAAACCACACUCUCUUCUUAUGAUUCCUGCUUUUCUUUCCUGACUUUUUUAAAAUAGAUUUCUUAGGUUUAGCAUCUAAAGAGAUCUGCUUAUUGAUAUUAGUGAUCAGCUUGAGUGACCUCUUAUUCCCUUUGCUCAACUUAUAGUAAUCCAUUA